UAUCAUUGCAUUUGACAUCACUGGGGAAGCAACCCGCACUAAGCAAAUCGACAUGAAGACUUUUGUUUGUUUAUUAGCGUUGGCAGUUGCCACGUGCAAGGCCGGAUUCGAGGGCGGGUAUGAUCAUGCUGGGGGAAACAGCAUAGGGGAUAAUGGGGGCGGAUACCAAUUUUCUAGUGGAGGAGGAGGUGGUGGCCAUGAUUUUGGAGGUGCACAGCUGCAAGACUUCUCUGGAGGUCAGGGCGGACAUUACGGAGGAGGUGACUUCUCUGGUCAAGGUCACGGCCAAGAUUUUGGCGGCGGUCAUGGAAAUGAACAAACCGUUGCUAUUAUUCAAAAUCAAGAUUUUGGACACGGUCAGCAGAACUUUGAUCUUGGAGGUCACGGUGGUGGUCAAAACUUCGGUGGCGAUUCUUACCUCCAGGCAGCUCAUGACUCAGGUCAAAACUAUGAAGGCGGUGAUGGUGGUCACGGAAACCAAGGAGAUGUAAGCGGUCCAGAAGUUAGCCACGAAGAGUUUAAUGGUCAAGGAGGAUAUGGCGGUCACGGUGACCAGGGUCACGGUCAACAGGGUUUCGUUCUUCAAGAUGGAGGCAACGAAUUCGGUGACGGCCAUAAUUUUGGACAAACACACGCUUUUCCAGUGGGAGAGCAUGUCGACGAAGAGCACCCCGUCGAAGUGCCUCUUUACAAACACGUUACUUACCCGAUUCCUAAGACCAUCCAUGUCAAUGUACCUAAGCCUAUCCUUAUUGGUAUCCCUCACCCCUACCCAGUCAAGGUUCCCGUCCACAAGCCUGUAGCUGUACCAGUUGAGACUGAAAUCAAUAUUCCCAUUGAAAAGGUCGUCCCAUACCCCGUUGUCAAGCAUGUUCCCUAUCCAGUGGAGAAACAUGUCCCAAUCAAGAUUGAAAAGACCGUCACAGUCCAUGUACCCCAGCCUUACCCUGUCAAAAUCCCAGUUUACAAAACCAUCCAUCAUAAUAAGGGUCACCACCAUUAACAGUAUUCCUGUGCCUGAUGUGUGUAUGUGUGUGUGUGCCGUGCCUUGUAAAUAUUGUUGAUUAAUUUUAAGUCAUUUUCAACGGUCUUCAUGUUGUAGUUGAUUUAUUUAUUGUUAAGAUUGUUGAUGUUUGUGUAUAAGUUUUUUUAUUAUACGAUGUUACCUGUUA